AUGCCAUCUACCAUACCGGCGAAACGUUUGGUUAUGCCAAAUGUCUGGGUUAAAUUAAUUAUGAAGCUUUUCCAUUAUUUCGCGGCUCCCUGGGGCGCCGCGGCGCAUAGUUUGGGAAUCACUGGUCUAGAACACGGGAUUAAGUACGUUCCACCAGGUCUCUUUGACGCUCCGAUCAAAGACUUACACUCCUCGGUCCGGCACCACUUCGCUCUUUCCAACGUUUCUUUCACUCUUCGCCCUGGCGACCGUGUUGGAAUAGUUGGCCGCACUGGUGCCGGAAAAUCUAGUCUCUUAAAAGCACUCUUCCGUCUUGUUGAGCACAUGCCUGGGCAGCAUACGACGCAGGAACUGGCCAAAAGGACUGCAUUCAACGGCGUCACAGGACAGGUUAGGAUCUUCAUUUGGUGGUAA